AAUUGUAAGUCUGUGUAGCUGACAAGAUAGGUCGCAUAGCUAGCUUUUCCUUGUGUGUUUUGGGUAAACCGUAAAGGUGAGCUAACCUUGAGCCAGAAGGACGGACAGAGUCUGCAAUCUCAGUAGGGAGAAUUUGACGAACAAGUGAAUCUAAGUCCUUCUCCUUUUGUAGGAGAGGGUGAUAGCGCUUGGGUGGUCUUCCUCUGCUUUUUGGUCUCAUCGGGUCGACCGAUCUAAAUUUGGUGAGAUCGUUUAUGGAUGCUUCAGCUAGUAAGCGCAAGUAUUCGUCCUUGUCCAUAACAACAACACCAGAUCCUUUGUCAGGUUUAGUUAUGACAAUGUCAUUACGCUUCUUCAAUUGAUGAAUAGCUUUUAAGAGAGUCUUUGGAGGUUUAGGGCCUUUACGAUGAAUAUAAUUUAACGCCAAAGAACAUAAAGUAGAUGCUGUAAGGUCACGAAGAUCUUCUGAUAGGUUUGGCUCAAGUUUCCAAUAAGCUUUCUCAAAGCUAGCUUUGACAUCAAUCGGGGAUACAUGUUUAGGAAUGGCAAACUUCAAGCCACAACAAAGCACAAGCUUUUGAAAAAAGGAGAGCUUGUAAGAAGAGAUGUUAGUAAUGUGCUCAUCGACUAAAAACUAUGCUGGAUCGUGCGUUUCAGCUUUCUUCUAACUGGACCUACUUCUCCGAAGAAUGCGAUCGUCUCAAGUUGUUGUUCUCCCGUCUUGAAUACCCAGAUGACUUAAUUAAUUCAACCAUAACACGCUUUAUUGCCAUCAAAGUUUCUGAGCAACCUGUUCCUUCACCAACUGACAACAGUCCAGAGCCCAUUCGGAUUGUCCUACCAUUCAAAGACCAAGCUUCAGCUGAUUUUCUUCGCACGCAACUGAAAGAUCUUAGCACAAAAACAAACACCACCAUCCAACCUGUUUUCAUCAGCCACAAGAUUGAGCAAGACCUGAAAUCACAUGAAGUCAAGCCCCCAGUCGUUAACCAACAGUCCCUUGGGUACCAUUUUAAAUGUGACCUGUGCAAUGCAGGUUAUGUUGGUUUUACACGCCGGCACUUGCACCAACGCGUCGAUGAGCACAAAAACCCAUCGUCAUCAAUUGGAAAACAUUUUCGCGAGGAACAUUCUUUGGCCUCUAAAGAUCUUACUAAUAACUUUUCGAUAUUAAAGAAAUGUACAACCAAGUUUGACUGUCUUAUUUUUGAAACGUUUUUUAUUCAUGAACUGAGACCAAGUCUGAAUGUACAAUCUGACUCUAUUCGUGCGAAAGUUUUUAAAUAAUCUUUUUUUUAUUAUUAUUAAUUAGUUUUACAUGUUUUUUAUUGUUCUAAACACUACUUUGUAAAUUCUUUCACAUACUUUUUACAUAUUUUUACUUCAUUAAUAAUUUUCACACAUUCUUACCUCUUUGUAGCUAUAUAUAUCUAUGCAAAUUUUACUUCUUACAUCUUGCUUGAUAAUGACCGAAGAGCGGUCGAAGCGUCGCAAACUUUUACCGUUUAUUUUUAUU